CCGGCCCACGCCGCAGUCCCGGGCGCCAGAGCCGCCGCAGCAUCCGCGGCGUUCGCGCGUCCCGGCCGCUGUCCUCCACCACCUCCGCUACUUCGGCAGGCACGAUGGCGAAGCCGCUGACGGACAGCGAGAAGCGGAAGCAGAUCAGCGUGCGGGGGAUCGCGGGGCUGGGCGACGUGGCCGAAGUGCGGAAGAGCUUCAACCGGCACCUGCACUUCACGCUUGUCAAGGACCGCAACGUGGCCACGCCCCGCGACUACUUCUUCGCGCUGGCGCACACGGUGCGCGACCACCUGGUGGGCCGCUGGAUCCGCACGCAACAGCACUACUACGAGCGCGACCCCAAGCGAAUUUAUUACCUUUCCCUGGAAUUCUACAUGGGUCGCACGCUGCAGAACACCAUGGUGAACCUGGGGCUUCAGAACGCUUGUGACGAAGCUAUUUAUCAGUUGGGGUUGGACUUGGAAGAACUGGAGGAGAUAGAAGAGGAUGCUGGCCUGGGGAACGGGGGCCUGGGCAGGCUGGCAGCCUGUUUCCUUGACUCGAUGGCCACCCUGGGCCUGGCAGCAUACGGCUAUGGAAUCCGCUAUGAGUUUGGGAUUUUUAACCAGAAGAUUGUCAACGGCUGGCAGGUGGAGGAGGCCGACGACUGGCUGCGCUACGGCAACCCCUGGGAGAAGGCCCGGCCCGAGUAUAUGCUUCCUGUGCACUUCUACGGGCGCGUGGAGCACACCCCCGACGGCGUGAAGUGGCUGGACACGCAGGUGGUGCUUGCCAUGCCCUACGACACCCCGGUGCCCGGCUACAAGAACAACACGGUCAACACCAUGAGGCUGUGGUCCGCCAAGGCACCCAACGAUUUCAAGCUGCAGGACUUCAACGUGGGAGACUAUAUCGAGGCAGUCCUGGAUCGGAACUUGGCAGAGAACAUCUCCAGAGUCCUGUAUCCAAACGAUAACUUCUUUGAGGGGAAGGAGCUGCGGCUGAAGCAAGAAUACUUCGUGGUGGCCGCCACCCUCCAGGACAUCAUCCGCCGCUUCAAGUCCUCCAAAUUCGGCUGCCGGGACCCAGUGAGAACCUGUUUUGACACAUUCCCGGACAAGGUGGCCAUCCAGCUGAACGACACCCACCCUGCGCUCUCCAUCCCCGAGCUCAUGCGCAUCCUGGUGGACGUGGAGAAGGUGGACUGGGACAAGGCCUGGGAGAUCACAAAGAAGACCUGUGCAUACACCAACCACACUGUGCUGCCCGAGGCCUUGGAGCGCUGGCCGGUGUCCAUGUUCGAGAAGCUGCUGCCGCGGCACCUGGACAUCAUCUACGCCAUCAACCAGCGGCACCUGGACCAUGUGGCUGCCCUGUUUCCCGGGGACGUGGACCGCCUGCGGAGGAUGUCUGUGAUUGAGGAAGGGGACUGCAAGCGGAUCAACAUGGCCCACCUGUGCGUGAUCGGGUCCCAUGCUGUCAAUGGUGUGGCGAGGAUCCACUCGGAGAUCGUGAAGCAGUCUGUCUUUAAGGAUUUUUAUGAGCUGGAGCCUGAAAAGUUCCAGAAUAAGACGAAUGGCAUCACUCCCCGACGGUGGCUGCUGCUGUGCAACCCCGGGCUGGCGGAUGUCAUUGUGGAGAAAAUCGGGGAGGAGUUCCUGACGGACCUGAGCCAACUGAAGAAGCUGCUGCCGUUGGUCAGUGACGAGGCCUUCAUCAGGGACGUGGCCAAGGUCAAGCAGGAGAACAAGCUGAAGUUCUCGGCCUUCCUGGAGAAGGAGUACAAGGUGAAGAUCAACCCGUCCUCCAUGUUCGACGUGCACGUAAAGAGGAUCCACGAGUACAAGCGGCAGCUGCUGAACUGCCUGCACGUCAUCACCCUGUACAACCGAAUAAAGAAAGACCCGGCCAAGGCCUUUGUGCCCAGGACUGUUAUGAUUGGGGGCAAGGCAGCUCCCGGCUACCACAUGGCCAAGAUGAUCAUCAAGUUGGUCACGUCUAUUGGCGACGUCGUCAAUCAUGAUCCAGUUGUGGGCGACAGGCUCAAAGUGAUCUUCCUGGAGAACUACCGAGUGUCCUUGGCUGAGAAAGUGAUCCCGGCCGCCGACCUGUCUCAGCAGAUUUCCACCGCGGGCACCGAGGCCUCGGGCACAGGCAACAUGAAGUUCAUGCUCAAUGGGGCCCUCACCAUCGGCACCAUGGACGGCGCCAACGUGGAGAUGGCCGAGGAGGCUGGGGCCGAGAACCUCUUCAUCUUUGGCCUGCGGGUGGAGGAUGUCGAAGCCCUGGACCGGAAAGGGUACAACGCCAGAGAGUUCUACGACUGCCUGCCUGAGCUGAAGCAGGCUGUGGACCAGAUCGGCAGUGGCUUCUUUUCUCCCAGGGAGCCAAACUGCUUCAAGGAUGUUGUCAAUAUGCUGAUGUACCAUGACAGGUUCAAGGUGUUUGCAGACUACGAAGCGUAUAUGCAGUGCCAGGCCCAGGUGGACCAGCUGUACCGGAACCCCAAGGAGUGGACCAAGAAGGUCAUCAGGAACAUAGCCUGCUCGGGCAAGUUCUCCAGUGACCGGACCAUCACAGAGUAUGCCCGGGACAUCUGGGGCGUGGAGCCCUCUGACCUACAGAUCCCGCCCCCCAACAUCCCCAGGGACUAGGUGCCCUGCUCGCUUGGGACCAGCGGGCUUCUGUUUUCUUGCUGACUUUGCACCUCAUGCCGGUUUUUAAGCACUUUGCCAGCAGCUGGUGG